AUCAAUGCAUGAACAGUCACCAUUUUUAUCUGAAAUUAGUUUUUUCACAUUUCACUCACCGUUUCUAUAAACUUCAAACAUUUUUAUUACAAGUAUAAAAAGAACAUGUUAAUUCGACGGCAUAAAUUUUAAUAAUGAUAAACGUCGAUAUUAUAUCACGUAUUUUUCAUUAAUUAAAAUCAUUGAUGAGAUAUUGGAAAUUAUUGAUUGCCAGGUGGUCGUAAUUAUAAUCACGACAUGGCAUCACGCAGCUUUGUAAGGUGCUGAUAUUCGUCGCAGAUUAGUCAUUGACGAUGGUUUCAUCCCAAUAUAUCAGGAUUAGAAGCCGAACGUUUAUUGAUGGAACGAGGCUAUGACAGUUCAUUUCUUGCACGUCCAAGUUCUUCCAACCCUGGUGAUUUUACUCUUUCAGUAAGAAGGAAUAGUGAAGUGACUCACAUAAAAAUUCAGAACACUGGAGAUUUUUAUGAUUUAUAUGGAGGUGAAAAAUUUGCAACAUUGUCUGAAUUAGUGCAGUAUUAUAUGGAAAAUGGUGGACAAUUACGUGAAAAAAAUGGUGAGGUAAUUGAGUUGAAGUAUCCACUGAAUUGUGCAGACCCUACAACAGAACGGUGGUUUCAUGGCCAUUUAUCAGCUAAAGAAGCUGAAAGAUUAAUGUUAGAACGUGGUAAAAACGGAUCGUUUCUUGUACGAGAAUCUCAAAGUAAGCCAGGAGACUUUGUACUUUCUGUGCGUACAGAUGAUCGUGUUACACACGUGAUGAUUCGUUAUCAGGAUAAUAAAUAUGACGUUGGUGGAGGUGAAAAAUUCGAUAGUCUGAGUGAUCUUAUAGAACAUUAUAAAAAAAAUCCAAUGGUUGAAACAAGUGGUAGUGUUGUUCACUUGAGACAACCAUUUAAUGCAACACGUAUUAAUGCCAGUGGUAUUGAAAGCCGCGUGAGACAAUUACACAAAGAAAAUGGAUGUUCGAAUGGAUGGACAUGUUGGAAUGGAGCACCAGGAAGUGAUGAAGUUGGAGCAGGUCGUGGAAAAGGAAAAGCUGGCUUUUGGGAAGAAUUCGAAUCUCUUCAACAACUCGAAUGUCGUCAUUUAUUUUCACGAAAAGAAGGAUUAAGACCAGAAAAUCGUGCAAAAAAUCGAUACAAAAAUAUUUUACCUUUUGAUCACACGAGAGUGAAAUUAAAAGACGUUGAUCCAAAUAUUCCAGGGUCUGAUUAUAUUAAUGCAAAUUACAUUAAAAAUGAAGAAGGAGAAGGCUCCUGUACAGGUAUAACAGCUAGCGGUGAAAUUUGUAUAUUUAAUAAAUGUUAUAUUGCAACUCAAGGUUGUCUUCCAAAUACAAUACAAGACUUUUGGCAUAUGGUUUAUCAAGAAAAUACUCAAGUAAUUGUGAUGACGACCAAAGAAAUAGAGCGAGGCAAAAAUAAAUGCGCUCGAUACUGGCCGGAAGAAGGAGAAAUUUGUGAGUACGGUGGUGAUUGGAAAGUUCGAGCUCUUGCUCGUACCUCUACUGCUGAUUAUACAUUACGUGAAUUUCUCCUACAAGGAAACAAACCUAAUUUUAGUGAAUCUAGAAGAAUUUAUCAUUAUCAUUUUCAGGCUUGGCCUGAUCACGGCGUUCCAUCAGAUCCAGGCUGUGUUUUAAACUUUUUGCAUGAUGUGAAUGCUCGACAAGAAUCUAUUGCUGCGUCCUUAAAUUCAAAUGGUCAAACGUCAGCAGUAGUUGGACCAAUUUUAGUUCAUUGUAGUGCAGGAAUCGGAAGAACAGGCACAUUUAUUGUCAUAGAUAUGAUUCUUGAUCAAAUUAAAAGGCAUGGUUUAGAUUGUGAAAUCGAUAUUCAACGGACAAUUCAACGUGUACGAUCACAACGAUCAGGAAUGGUACAAACAGAAGCGCAAUAUAAAUUUGUUUAUCUUGCUGUAUUACAUUAUAUUGAGACUGUGUCACAAAGAAGACAAGCUGAGCAGAAAUCCCUUCAAUUGGGUCGUGAGUAUACGAAUAUUCGUUAUAAAAGUGAAACAAAUUCCAUGAGUGUUAAUCCCAUUGAGACAACAGCAAUUAUUCAAACACCAACGAUGGCAAAUAGUUUUACACUUCCGACUCCUGUUAAUAAUUUAAGGCCCAAGUAAUUAUCAUUAAGUGACUACAAUUUACAACUAUACAAAAAAGAAUGAUUUUAUUUCAACUGAUAUUUCAUUUUCUCUCUACAAUGCAAUUCUAAAUAUAGUAAUGUUGGACGUUAGUAAAGCAUAAUAAGAAAUAUAUCUACCCGAUAAAAUAAUUGUUAUAAUUUUUGAAAAAGUGAUAAUUGCUAAUUAGUCGCUAAAGAAUAUUAUAUUCGGGAAUUUAUAAAGUUUAUCGUUGUUAACGUGAUGUUGCAUCGCUUUCUGCGUAAAUUUUAUUAUAAUAUACGCAGAAAUUAAUUCGAUACGAUAAAAUUAUUAUUAAGAAUAAUCAAUGUGACUGGAUGGAAAAAAAAAUAUGUUUAAAAAAUAUAUAUUUCGAUCAAUGGAUAUGUGCAAAUGCUGGGGUACUGUGGAAAUAUAAAAUCUUUCAUGUAUUUUAUCAUAAUUAUCGUAAAUUACAUGACAAUUCAUUGCAAGAAACAAAAAAACUACAAGACUUUUUGUGCUAUUAAAAUGAAACAAAUCCACGCCUUUUCUUUUUUUUUUAAAUGUAAUAGACUAGUGGAAAAAAAUACAACACCAAUAUAAAUUAUAAAUUAGAACUUGACAUUAAUGAUUUAAAAAAAGAAUAUCGCUUUGCUCCUGUUAAUGUUUUACUAAAAGAAGUCAACUAAUAAUAUUGAUUAUUAUUAUUCAUUGUAACGAUUGUACAAAUUUCAUCGUGAAUUAUAUUCCGUGUUAUAUAUUACUUUAUUUUAGAAAGAGCAAUUCAAAAUUUAUCUUGUAAUAUAGCAUUGUUUUUUAUAUUAUUAUUCUUAUUAUUACUGAAUUAAAUCAUGUAUAGAAAAGUGAAAUUAUAUUCAAUUUUUAUGCUAUACCUAAAGUUCAAAUGAUUCACACACACAUGUGUACUGAAGUGUAUCUUUUAGCGUUUAAAUUAUGUCAAACUGCCUUUAAUUAGAUAUUAAAUAUGGAAAUUUUAUUAAAAGAGCUACUAAAUUUUUGUGAGAGUUAUGAGCGAUAAUAAAAUCCCAAGUUCUGUGUUAUUUGAUUAUUAGAAGAAUUUUUAUAUCCCAUUCGAGACAAGCGAAAUUGUGAUAUUGUCUUGAAUUACACUUUUAUAAAGCUUUAAGUUAAUACUGUAACUGAUUAGUGAUUUAUUGUAUAAUCUUAAUCUCUCUUAUUAAUUAUACAUCUUGAUACAUUGUAAUGUAAUUGUGAAAUGCCUGAUUGUACUAUAUAGAGAAAAAUAAAAAGAAU